AUGGUAGGUUCUUCUUGCAUUUUAGCCUCAUGCAACACCUUGGGAUAUCCCCUAGCCAUUCUGCUUUUGUCUGCACAGGCUAAGGAGCUUGCUGCCCGUCGUGUGCUCGCCGUCGCCGGACAGCUUUUUCCAUCACAAAAAGACAUCAAAGUUCUCGCGGUCGACCUCCUCAACCCUACUCCUCAGGCUGAGGCUCGCAAGCACAAGCUUAAGACCCUUGUGCCUGCUCCCCGUUCCUUCUUCAUGGACGUCAAGUGCCCCGGCUGCUUCACCAUCACCACCGUCUUCUCCCACGCCCAGACCGUCGUCGUCUGCGCCGGCUGCUCGACCGUCCUUUGCCAGCCCACCGGUGGCAAGGCCAGACUCACUGAGGGCUGCUCCUUCCGGAGGAAGUAA